CAAAAAUAUAUUUCACAUAACCUCUCAUCAUCUACCAUUACAACCUGAUCAAUACCACAAGCUUGGGGUGAGUUCAAGGCUCUAGAAAUGGCACAAGCUAUGGCUUCAAUGGCUGGGCUACGCGGGUCCUCUCAGGCCGUCCUGGAGGGCAGUCUCCAGAUCAGUGGCUCAACCCGAUUGAGCAGCGGCAGCAGCAGCAGGGUGGGUGUGGCACGCCCUGGGUUCAGUGUUAGAGCUCAGCAGGCUCCAGUUGAGCCUGAGACUAGCCGUCGUGCAGUGCUGGGCCUCGUUGCUGCUGGCCUGGCCUCGGGCUCUUUUGUUCAGGCUGUGCUUGCUGAGGCCAAGUCCAUCAAGGUUGGCCCCCCUCCCCCACCCUCUGGUGGAUUGCCUGGUACUCUAAACUCUGAUGAGGCAAGGGACCUUGAUCUGCCAUUGAAGGACCGGUUCUUCAUUCAGCCACUGCCCCCAGCUGCAGCAGCAGUAAGGGCGAAGGAGUCAGCUAAGGACAUUGUUGGGGUGAAGACAUUGAUAGACAAGAAGGCUUGGCCAUAUGUCCAGAUGGAUCUCCGUCUCAAGGCAGAAUAUCUCCGGUACGACCUCAACACCGUCAUUUCUGCAAAGCCCAAAGACGAGAAGAAAUCCCUGAAAGAACUCACUGGAAAGCUCUUCUCGACCAUCAGUGAUUUGGACCAUGCGGCAAAGAUUAAAAGCUCCCCUGAAGCAGAGAAGUACUAUGCAGCGACUGUGUCCACCCUGAACGAUGUCCUUUCCAAGAUUGGUUAAGAAGAAUCCACUAAUCUUGGUGUAAGCUUUAGUUUUCACUGCAUGGGACAUGUGCUUGGAUGUUAUUUUAAGGAAAUCUAAUUUGAAAAAAAAAUACCCCUCGUGAUAAUGUUUCUUUGGAUUUCAUUUCUGGGAAGAUUGAUAGAUAAAUACCACUAAGAAAUUUUAC